GCAGCUCAGGAGGUGAACCGACUUCGGUUCUUCCGAGCUCUUCCAGGUCUUUCUGGAGGAUCCAACGUCUACCCGGUAGAGUCCCACGUCUCACCAUCUUCACUCCGUAUAAAUGUAUCACUGAGGUUAUCCGGAUUCAUAUCAAUCGCUUUCAAAUCCUCCUAAUUGCAGCUACACCGCGAAGAACUGAGCACUCAUCUUCAAUCUUGAUCAUUUUUGUGAUCGAGCUUCACUGUUCUCGACUUCUCAAUCAGUGUCCUUUCAUUCAGAUUCCUGCAUACCAACAGAUGGCUCUUGUUUUGUCACCGUGGUUUGGGCAAGGGUGCGCCAGGCGUACCAAUUUUCGCGUGAGGCGUCCUUCAUUGUUCACCGACCUGGUUAUCGUCAAAGUUCCUCUGCAAAGACAGGCUUGUCCCCAAGUGAAAAGCCCUUCUCUACACAACACUCGUUUGGUGAGAUGGGAUGAGACAUCAGAGGCUCACACCUUCAAGCUUCGCCUGCCAGGCUUAAAGAAGGAGGAGUUGAACAUCCAGAUAGAAGAUCGAACACUAUACCUCAGUUACAACAGCGAGUCCAAAAUGGACGCCAAGGAGGGUGAAGCUCCGUCCGACUCCCAGUGCAAAGAGAAGAAACCUACAAGCUGCAGCUUCAUGCGCAAGUUCAAGUUGCCAGAGAACGCAGACAUGGAGCAGAUCAAAGCUGAUGUAACUGACGAGACUUUGACGAUCACCAUACCCAAGCUCACCAUGAAGUCACCCGAGGUUCGCAAGAUCCCUGUGAGAGAUGGCGAUGCAGCAGCAGCAGCAGCAGCAGCAACACCACACACCUCUUCCUCAACUGCUCCAUCAGAGAAGGGCAAAGCCACGGCUGCCGAUUCAUCCGAGCACACCUCUGCAUGAACUUGUAGAACCCAGUUGCCACUGUUCAGUACUGUUUAGUGAGCUUGAAUUACAAGGACUCUGAAAUAAGACCUAGACAUGGGAUCAAUACAGAUAUUCAGUUAUGGGUUGUGGUAGCAUGUUAGUGAGUUUCAAUGUAGUGGGCUACAUGUCUGCAUUGCUAAUAAAACUUCGGAUUGUUUUCGAAACGAAUUCCUCACACAUCUAGUGUGGGUAAGAUGGGGUCCACAUUU